AUGGAGUUCCACAACUCGGGCGGCUUUCCAAAGAGGCGUUCUUACCCCAACCUCCACCACAUUUCCUUAGCUCCACUUACGCCCCGAUUUCCUAUCGACGACGACAUAGAACCAACAGAUUAUUUCCACCAAGAUGGAGAAGACUCACAUUCCGGAACGGGAGUCAGAAACACAACCAGAUCUUCGUCGUAUCUAUCCAGCGUCUCGGUACCGAGCACCCCACCAAUUCUCUCCCAUUCACGCAGCUCAUCGCGAACCCGCCACCACACCCGAAGCAAGAGCUCAACCCGUGCCACUCCGCUAAGCGAUACAAAUCUACACAGCAAAAGCAUCUCUUUCCCACUCCACCACAACUUAGGACCUCAAAGGAAACGUCCCAGCACACAGGACCACAAUAACCAUCCAACCACCAAGUCCGACGCGGAAUGGAUGCUCCGCGCUGGCAUAGCUAUCGCCUCCACUACCCGCGAAGAAAAAGGCCAAAGCUGGCUCUCCAAGCGCGAAAGCUCUACAAGCCUCGUCUCGGAAACGCCUUUCGAUGAUCCUGCCCUACCACCCCAUCAUCGACACCACCACCGCACUAGAUCCGGUGCUUCAUCCCGAAAGUCGCGCUCUGGCGCCUCAACUCCGGCCGCGUACUCGCGUCGUAGCUCGCGGUCGCGUGGUAACAGUCGCCAUGGAAGUCGUGCUGGUCUUACUAUGACCACCAUCCCGCCUCUAUCAUCUGUCUCGGGGAAGAUUCAUAGCCCGACUACGACGGGGGCCGUGACGCCCGAGACUCGAGGGCGGAGUACUGAAGCGGGACUGGUUCCUGAUUUUGUGGAUGAGAGGAUCCGGGCCGAGAUGGAGUCUUUGCAGCAGGAGAAUCGGGAUCAGGAUCAGGAUCGUCGUCUGAAUUCCCUCGAUGAUGUUUUGGGAGAGGAAUGGGAUAGGGAAGAGGAUCUUGAAUCGGUAGAUGAGUUCUCCGAUGAGUUUUCGGAUGAUAAUGAUGAGGAAUUCGACGAAGCGGACUUGCAGCGUCUUACGCGGGAGCGUGGAUUCGGGCUUGGAAGCUGGAUUGAUCGCUUGGUUGAGUGGACUUUGUUUGGAGUGGAUGAGUUACCUGUGGUGCCUGUUUCUUCUGCUAGAAUUGGUGGUGCUGCAACGACCACUACUGUUACAUUUGAGGAACCGGCUGGCUCUUCUCAUGCGGACCCAGCUGAGAACCAUGAUACCUUGUCCUCGGCCUCAGGGGAAGACCGCAGUUCUUUAUCUGACGAUGUAGAUGCUUCCUCGCAUACGGACGGCGAGUCUAUCAUUGAAGUUGAGAAGCCGGGUGCCCACGGUGGCUGGGAAGAUGCAGGCUGGUUGUUCAGAGUCAUGAAGCGUGCAUUGGUAUGA